AUGGGGAAGUAUUCAAAGUACGAAAAAAAAUAUAACAAGGAUUGGGAACUCUUACCAUGCUUUUCAGGAUGGCUUCAAAGAGCACCUGAUGAAUUCGCAGGCAAAGGAGAAGCAUAUUGCAAGUUAUGUAGGACACCAUUACGAGCUCAUAAGACAGAUUUAGUAAAACAUUCUUCUACUAACUGUCAUAAACAAAGAGACAAUAGUUUAAACGUUAAAAAACAACCUGCCUUAACAUCAUUCGACCUUAAGAUAGCUCUUUUCAUCGCAACCCAUUCUGCAAUCAGAAGUGUUGACCACCUCGGUGAACUUCUAAAAGCCAUGAGYGGUACAAAUAGUUGCUUUUCAUCAUUAGAUUUGCAUAGAACUAAAUGCUCAAAACUGAUUAUAAAUGUUAUUGAACCUUGUUUUCUGACCGAGUUAAUAGAAGAUAUUGGAAGUAAUCCAUACUCCAUCAUUAUUGAUGAAUCAACGGAUAUUGGUACUAAUAAAUACAUGGCAUAUUGUGUACGCUAUUUCAGUCAUUCCACAUCAAACAUGGUAACAGAGUUCUUAGGUUUUACUGAAAUUGAAAAAGCUACUUCUGAAAUACUCAAAGAUGUAUUCGUGAAUUUCAUUAAAAAAUCAAAAUUAAAGUUGCAAAACUUAGUUGGUAUAGGAACUGACGGUGCAAGCAAUUUAUGUGGAAAAAAUAAAUCUCUUUUCACACUUUUGAGAAAUGAAGUUCCUCAUCUUCAACUAAUAAAAUGUGUAUGUCAUUCUCUUAAUAUAUGUGCUGCUAAUGYAUGCGAAGAGCUUCCAAGUAGCUUAGAGUUCUUGCUUAGAGAAUCCAGAAGUUGGUUUUCGCAUAGUUCGUUACGGCAAAUGACAUAUAACAAUUUAUUCCAAGCCCUGCAUGAUGGAAAACAGCCUCCUUGCUUAAUUCAAUUAUCCACGACACGAUGGCUUUCCUGGCAUAAUUGUGUAAAAGCUGUGCUUACUCAAUGGCUGCCUUUGAAAACGCAUUUCGGAAUUGUAUCUCAAAGUAAAGAAGGGUGCUAUACUUCUAGAACGUUAUCUGACAUGUUCAAUGAUGAAACUCACUUACUUUAUCUCUUGUUUUUAAAUCCAGUUUUACAUGCUGUAACUCAAGUAAAUCUUGUUCUUCAAAGUACAAACAUUGAUUUGGAUAUUGAACAGCUGAAAAAUGCAUUACUCUAUCCUGAUGCUCAUUUGCCUCUUACAUCUAUAGAUUUUGGAUAUAAAUUUAAAAAGCAAUCUGAUAUUAGCAUUUCAAACAAGUCAAUUAAUAGCGAACAAUCGAAUAAAGUUAUGAAACGUUGA